AUGGCAAUCGAAUCCGCCGAAAUCCUGCUCCCCUCGAAAAACAUCGCCCAAGACAUCGACUUCUGGACCUCCCCCGAUCUAGGCUUCCGAACAGACCAAAUCUACCCAGCCGACGACCCUCGCGUCGUCCUCCUCUCAGGCCACGGCCUCCGUCUCCGUCUCGACAAAACCGCCACGAAAACGACGGCCCCGGGAACCAUCAAUCUCCUCACCCACGACCCGACCUGCGAGGGAAAGACCUUAACUUCCCCCUCCGGCACCCUCCUCGUCUACGUCUCCGCAGACAUCCAAUUCCCGCAACCCCCCACGGAACACACCUUCCGCAUCGGUCGUCUAGCCGAUAAGGGUUGUUCCCCCUGGAUCAUCGGCCGCGCGGGCAUGGCCUACCGCGACCUGAUCCCAACGCGCCUCGGCGGCGCCAUCAUCGCCUCGCACAUCCGCAUCCCCACCGCGGGCCCCGUGCCGGAUCGAGUGCACUACCACGCCGUCGGCUUCCAGCUCAUCUAUUGCGUUUCCGGGUGGGUGCGGGUGGUCUACGAAGACCAGGGGGAGCCCUUUGUGCUGCACGCGGGGGAUUGUGUGAUCCAGCCGCCAAGGAUCCGGCAUCGCGUGCUGGAGAGUGGGGAUGGGUUGCAGGUGCUGGAAGUCGGUGUGCCCGCGGAGCAUAUGACGUGUUUUGAUCGGGAGAUGGAAUUGCCCACGGCGGGGGGCCCCGGGGGGAGGGGGGAGAGGGAGUGGGAGGGGCAGAGGUUUGUGCGCUCUUUGGCGGAGGAUGCGGUCUGGGGGGAGUGGAGGGUGGGCGGGUUCGAGUGCAGGGAGACGGGCAUUGGGGAGGGGACGAAAGGCGUGGCUGGCGUGAAGGUCGUGAGGCCCGUGAGGGAAGAAGCUGUGCAUGCUGCUGCGGCUGGUGUGGUUACGAGUCAUGAUUCGGAUAUCCUGUUUACGUGUGAGUCUUGCUUGGCGUGGGAGGGAGGGAGAGCAAGGGAUCGCGAGAGUCUGCUUGGUUUUGCUGACUUUUUUUGUCCCAGUCGUCCUAGCUGGUUCUUGCUCGCUGCAAGCCGAAGGUCAGGGCGUGCAUAGCCUCACCGAAGGCGAUGCGUAUACCCUGCCCCCGGGCCACAAGACUAGUCUGUUGCACUGCUCGGAAGAUUUGAGUCUGCUCGAGGUCUCCCUGCCAGCGGAUUUCAAGACGGUGGAAUAUCCGGAUGAGAAGUUAUAA